ACCCGGCGGCGGCGAAGCGAGCGGGAGGUGCGAGGGCAGGGUCCCGCCGGGCGGCACCAUGCGCUCGGCCGCCGGCCCCGGGCCCUCGUGGGAAGACGCGGCCGCACCCGCACCCGCACCCGCGGCCGGGAACGGCAGCCAGUGGCGGCUGGCGGCGGGGAGCAGCAGCCCCAGCCCCAGCCCCAGCCCCAGCCCGGCGCCCGGCUCCGCCGCCCCCAACGCGAGCCGCGCGGCCGGCUGGGACCCCUACGGGCGGGACGAGGAGCUGGCCAAGCUGGAGAUCGCCGUGCUGGCGCUGACCUUCGCGGCGGCGCUGCUGGGCAACGGCCUCGUGCUGCUGGCGCUGCGCCGCACGGCCCGCAAGGCCUCCCGCAUGCACCUCUUCAUCCGCCACCUCAGCCUGGCCGACCUGGCCGUGGCCUUCUUCCAGGUGCUGCCGCAGCUGUGCUGGGAGGUGACCUACCGCUUCCACGGGCCCGACGGGCUGUGCCGCGUGGUGAAGCACCUGCAGGUCUUCGGCAUGUUCGCCUCGGCCUACCUGCUGGUGGCCAUGACGGCCGACCGCUACGUGGCCGUGUGCCACCCGCUGCAGAGCCUGCGCCAGCCCGCCCGCCGCCCGCACGCCAUGGUGGCGGCCGCCUGGGCGCUCAGCCUGCUGCUCAGCACCCCGCAGUACUUCAUCUUCUCCCUCAGCGAGGUGGAGCGCGGCUCGCAGGUCUACGACUGCUGGGCGCACUUCGUGCAGCCCUGGGGGCCCCGCGCCUACGUCACCUGGAUCACCGGCGGCAUCUUCGUGGCGCCCGUGCUGGUCCUGGCCACCUGCUACGGCUUCAUCUGCGGCCACCUCUGGCGCAACAUCCGCGGCAAGACCCGCCGGCGCGGGGAAGGGGGCGGCGGGGCCCGCCGCAAGCCCGGGGCGGCGGCGGCGGCGGCGGCUGGGCCCCCCGGCGGCGCCUUCCUCAGCGGGCUUCUGCCCACCCCGUGUGUCAGCAGCGUCAAGACCAUCUCCCGGGCCAAGAUCCGCACCGUCAAGAUGACCUUCGUGAUCGUCUCGGCGUACAUCGCCUGCUGGGCGCCCUUCUUCACUGUCCAGAUGUGGUCCGUCUGGGACCCGCAGUUCUCCUGGAUCGAUUCUGAAAACACUGUCAUUACAGUCACUGCUCUGUUGGCCAGUCUGAACAGUUGUUGCAAUCCAUGGAUCUACAUGUUCUUUAGUGGACACCUCCUGCAAGACUGUAUACAGAGCUUCCCUUGCUGUCAAAAAAUAAAACAAAAGCUGAGUAAAGAAGAUUCUGACAGCGUUAGCAGAAGACAGACUUCUUUUACCAACAACAGAAGCCCAACAAACAGUUUGGACAUGUGGAGGGGUUCACCCAAAUAAUCAAAAUCUACCAAAUUCAUCCCCAUUCCAAUCUGAACGAGUUACACAGAAGAGACAGGUCUUCAAGUGCAGUAACAGCACUUGUGAGUAUCAUAGUGUGGCGCUUCAAGCUUGUCAAGGCACUAGUCAUGAACAAUUAACUACAGCAGUAGCCAUAUCAUGAAAUGUACAAUAUUGCUAAAUAAACUAUUUUGAACUGCUGUAAAUUAUAUGAAAAGUAUUAAUGACAUACAAAGCAGUGGAAUGUGGGCAAUUGCUCUGGAAAGAGUACUAAUGACCAUAGUUUUUCUAAAGUUAACUUUAUUCAUUUUUUGUUUAACACUUUGUUUGCAUGGUCAUAAUUUUAAUUGAGACACUGCUUCAAAACAGUAGAGGACUGGUAAGUAAACUAGAGUAACUCCAUGGCUCAUUAUUAUAAUGGCUAUAUGUUGUACUGAUCCUCUGAAGUAAUUGGAAAAUCACAAGGUGUAAAGCAGUUCAUAAUUUGACCCUAAACCAUGGGGAAAUUGCUAGAAGAAAUUCCAGUCUUACUGGACAGGGAACAUUCUAAAUAGCUUGGUUAACCAGGCACAUAGAGUUAUUGGAAAUUUAACUAUUCCUAUUGCUUUACCAUUCAACUCCACCAGGAAAUGAACUGAAACUGGCCAACGUUUUUCACUGAGGGCCCAGUUGUGCAGUCUUUAUGCUGGCAAAUCUUCCAUUGAUGUCAGUGUCUAGGUAUGGACUUCAUGGCUGGAUUUUUGGGGCUUACUCCUGCUCCCAUAGAUAUUGAUGGAUUUUUUUCAUUAGAUGCUGGAUCCAGCACCUGCCUUUUAAAUUAAAAAGCAGAGACAGAGUGACAAAAACAUUACAUGUCAAACUUAGUUGCUCCCCAGCUGUUGGUAAAGUGCUACUGAAAGCCACAACAAGACCAACACCAAUACAAAAAAAAAACACCUGGUUUAAGAGUAGAAACUGCUCUUGUUUUGUUUUGUUUUCUUGCUAGGGCCUAAUCCUUGCAAUCCACAAUUAGUCCUUACUUAUGGAAACAGUCCCACUGAGUUCAAUGGAAUGACACUAAUUGCCUAGCAGCUUCGGGGUCAAGCAAGUAUAUUCCAGGAUGUGAAUUUCAGACUAAUCUUACAGUUGUUCUGAGAACAUGCAAGGAUUGCAACUUUUUGGCAGUCCUAAAUGAAUUGCUCACUGAAUGCAAAGAUGUGAAGGGGCAUUCCAUGUGACUACAUAGACUUUAAGUGCAUCAUGGUUGCCAGCUGAAGUGUGCUGACAUCUAAGCAUAAUUCAUCAUCAUAACUACUCUUAAAGUGUGCCAGUAUCCCACUACAACUUAUGCUUUGCUGUGUGUUAUUCCUAUAGCAUCUGAGUACUUUAAUAACACAUUUUCAUGAAAGCUUGGUUUUGAAGCUCCUUGAACAAAUUUUGCUGUUUGUUACAAGUCCUAAGAAUCUCUUAAAAGGACAACAUUGAGGCUAGUGAGCUUAAAAUGAGACCUAUCAUUUUAGUGUGGUUUUGGAGGCACACCUAUCACACUGUCACUCUGUUCUAUCUGUUUGCUCCAUUCUUUUGAGCACAUCAGGUAUGGAAGUUUUCAAUAAUUUUGCUGGUGAUAUGCAGGAUUCAGAUUUGAAUUUCUAGCAUGCUCUUGAGAAUCAAAAAUCAAGCAGAGUGGAAGAGCAGUGGUAUAUUUAUAAAUAUACUUGCAUCACAUGCAUGCUCAUACCUCUGAUCAGAAACAAAUUCCCUCUGUUUCUUGUUGGUAGGUCACUAUAAAGAGGAUUUGGGAUUUAACAAGAUUGAGCCCUAGUUAUUGUUUGGCUAGUUAAAUAUUGGGCAUGUUGACCCUAAAUAUGCUUUUCAUGCAGAGCAAGAUUGGGCCCAAUAUCUCUCUAAGCAUUCAAAAGGGGAAAUAAUAGAAAUAAUUGAAACUGCAUACUAAUUAGGCUAUAUUCUGCCUCCACAGUACUAAUGGAGCUCCCAUCCAUUUCAGUAAUAAUUUUGUGCAAAGAAUGAGGUCAGACUACGUCCUGACAGAGAAGAGUGAUUUUCAUGCAUUGCUAGCCCCAUAGAAAAUGAUAGCUAUUUCUUCAGGAACAAAAAUAUGGGGAGAAAAGCCUACAGCAUUAAAAUGGUACAUUGUACUUUUUAUGUUUUCUUUUUAAUAUGCAUUUAAAAGCCUGAAGGAUCAAAGUUUAUACACAGAUGUACAUAAAACAUAUAGAUAUGAGUAAAUGUAUGAACCUGUUGAAAAAAUUUGGUCCAAAUCUACAUAUGUAUGUAUUGGAGGACUCUGUGUGUGUGUGUGUGAAAUGUGUAUAUAUACACACAGUGUGUACUGCAUAAGCAUCAGAUACAUAUUUAGGUUGCAUAUGUCUCAUAUGAAGAUGCUAUUCUUUGACUAAUUUUAUGUUUUUGUUAAUAUUACUAUCUUUGUACAUGACAUCUAUGCAACUAGGUGUGCUUAUAACAUUUUAUCAAAGGUUAUUAGCCUGAAUUUUUCUAUAAUUAUAUACAUUAAAAUAGACAAGACAAAUAAAAAUUUUGAAAUCUUAAUGAAAGUUGGGCAAUGAACGGCAUAAAAUAUAAACAAAUUAUGGCUCAAAAUUUUAGCAGAGUCUUUAAUUGUUUUCCAAGUAUGCUACAAAAUCUAUGCCUAAAUUUUGGUGAUUUCCCAUGCAGUUGUAUUUCAUAAGUGCUAUGUAGUUCUUGUGACUGAUUUGAUAAAACUGCAUAGGACAGGAUUUGAGAUUCCAAACAUUUUGUAAUUAUUACUUUGAGUUUCUUCUUUUGCUUAAACUUUUUUUCAGAGUGAAAAUUAAGGUGUUCUAUACAGAUACAAAAGUGCUUCUUAAUAGUUGGUUGAAGUUAAUGUUAGCAUAAGAUUUUCAUGUGCUAAUGAAAAAUUUCUUGUUCUUCCUGUUUUCAAUCAAUGAAUAAAUAAUUGCUCAUUUAAAAUGUAUAAACUUGCUCCAAUAGACUUCUG